AUUACAAUACUACACAUUGUGGAUUUUUUUUAAUACAUUGUGUAAAAUAGCUAAAAAGAAAUAUUUAGUUGAAUACUAUUUUACCAUGAAUUUUACUUUUGCAAUGAAAACAAAAAUGUUACAAAGUUUACUUGUACUAACUUUUCUAAUUUUGCAAUCCGGUACUAGUUAUCCAGCUUUAUACUUUAACGAUGGGUACCAGACGGAGCCAAGUAUUGCUACUUCGUUACAGUAUGAAGAACAGUCAAAUAUUCAAAACAUUCUCCAGACGAAUAAACCAAACAAAUAUAAUGAUUCCCCGUUCUCCUGGUUUCCAAAUAAACAAAAUGAACUUAAAUCUGAUUCUGUAGCUUCGAUAUCAAUGUAUCCACCUCAUUCAAAAGAAGCUCCAUUUAUCUAUCCGCCAACACACUCUCAAAAACCGCCGUUUGAAUUUCCUCAGGAUUCUCAAAAAUCAUUUCUAGAAUAUCCACCGUUCCCACAACACUAUUCAACAUUGAAUUCGCUUCUUCCUUUAAGCAUGUCACCAAAAUAUUCAUCUCUGUUUCCUCUGGCUUCGUCAGUGUAUCCACCUUACCCCCAAGACGUUGUACCAUUUCAAUCUCCAAAUAUACUACAAAUUCCUCUAGUGUACGCACUAUAUUCUCAAAAACUGCCAGUUGUGCCUCCUUAUCAAAUGAUAUCACCAAUGACUCUGUCUUUGGACUUAAUGACUAAUAACUUUUUGACAAUGGCUACAAUUCAAAAUCUUUGGAUGAGUUCAAGUUACCUUCAAUUUUUAGCAAAUAAUUCAAUAAAAACUACUCCUGCAAUUUCUCAUUUAAGUCAACCUACGUCAAACAAAUUUUUAAAUGGAUUUUCUUCAGUUGAGUCACAAAAGUUUUCUCCCUUAAUAUCAUUUAAUGAAUAUUAUCUUCAAGAUCAACCUCUCAAAAAUUCUACCAAUUCAGUUUUUCCAGAAAAAGCAGACAUAAAAAUAGAUUUUUAUUUUAAAAAACCACAUUUCCCAGUUAACGACGAAAAAAAGAGUGAGAUAAACACAGAUUAUGUCAUAAAUAAUAUACAAAAAGAAAACACAUUAAAUACAUUGGAACCUACAGAAAUAUUAGACCAUAUUAAGUUGAACGCAGAUGUAAAAAAAGAAGAAUCUCUAAAAGUACCCAAUUAUAUGGAAUUAGAAGAAAAUAUAAAAAUACAAGAUAUCGUAAAUAAAUUAGAACCCCAAAAAGUAUCUAACAAUUUAAAAUCAGAUGAAAAUAUGAUAGGUGAUGAGCCUAAAGUUUUAAAAGAUGAUCAAAAAUUAUUCAAUCCAACACAAAUAACUAAUGAUAUAAACUCAGCUGAUAUGAUUAAAAAUGAAAUUGAAGAUGUAAAGAAAGAAAUGAAACCAUCCAAUACAUCAAAUAUCGUUAAAUCAGCUGAAGAUUUACAAAAUGAUACACAUGAAAUUAUUGAAGAAGAUGUAACUGAAGAAGAUUUUGAAGAAAAUGAAAUUGACAAUGAUUAUUUACUUAAAAAAGAAUUACAAGAAUUGUAUAGUAAUUACGGAAAACCUUUAACAAAUUAGACACUAAUAUACACAUGUUUAAAGAUAACUAUGUGUACUAAGAUAAACAUUUAACAAGUAAUUAAUUAAAAAUUCUGAAUAAACAAUAAUUUUAUGUAUUUGCUAAUUUUUAAUUUCGAAAAAUAUAUUUAUUUUAAUGAAAUUUUAAGUGUCAUAAAUCGUGC